AUGGUGCUUUUGAUUCUGCUGAUGUUGACAGCAUGCGCUGCUGCCCAACAAGAUUUGCUGGGCAAAAUGUUAACCUUCCCGAAGCAAAGCAACACAGCUCACGUGAUCAUGUCAAACUCAAGUGAAAAUAUGAACGCUGUAACUGUGUGUUUGAGGUUCUUCACAGAUCUUUGUCGGAGCCACACUCUGUUUUCUGCGGCCACACCAGCGAACGACAAUGCCCUCCUCAUUUUUAAGGGGUCCAGAAAAGAUAAAGUUUUAGUUUAUGUAAACAAUGAAGAGGUGGAGUUUUUAGCACAGGAUUAUGUUCGGAACAUGUGGAACUCUCUGUGUGUUACGUGGGAGUCUGUAAGCGGACUUGUGCAGUUGUGGCUCAAUGGGAAGCCCUCGGCAAGGAAAUUUGCCAGCCUUGGAGUUAACAUCACCGGAUUACCUCUUAUUAUAUUAGGACAGGAUCAGGAUUCUCAAGGUGGACAUUUUGACAUCAUUCAGUCUUUCGUUGGCAUGAUCACUGAUCUGCACAUGUGGAAUUCCGUCCUUUUACCCUGUGACAUUAAACGCUAUAUGGACGACCAAAACUUUCCCCAAGGAACCGUUUUGAACUGGAGUAUGUUGGGGUUUGUGACCACAGGAAUAGUGUUGGCAGAAGACUCACAAAAGUCUUGUUUGAAUAACUGCUGA